AAAAGCAGGAAUGGCUUAUUUAAAUCAUGCUAAUCCUGUGCUAAAGCAAUUGAUUUAAAGUUUGUACGCUUUGUAUAGUUUGUCAUUGGCACUUUUAUUUUGAAAAUUUUCCAGACCUUCGUUACACUUACUGUCAAUGAACUGUAUGAGCUAGCUUCACGCUGCAUUUAGCAACUACAAGUAAGCUGGGCAAAGUUUUCGAAGUGUAAGCAAUGGCCGGACGCAACAGGGUUGUGCAUUUGCUAAGGCAACUUGAAAAUGCUGCGUGUAGCUGCCCUGCACAUUCCCAGACCUUUCACCAAGGUUCAGGGCAUACUUCUUGUGGAAGAACAACAGACUACGCGUUUGAGAUGGCCUGCUCGAACAUUAGGUAUGGAGAAGGUGUUACCAGAGAAAUAGGCAUGGAUCUCCAGAACCUGGGAGCCCGGAAUGUUUGUCUGAUGACGGACAGGAACCUGUCCCGCCUCCCUCCCGUCACGGCGGUGCUGGAGUCCCUGGCCAAGCAUGGGGUCACCUACAAGUUCUAUGACAGGGUGCGGGUGGAGCCCACGGAUGACAGUUUUAAGGACGCCAUAGCUUUUGCAAGGGAAAGCGCUUUCGAUGCUUACAUAGCAGUGGGAGGGGGCUCUGUGAUUGACACCUGUAAAGCGGCCAAUCUCUAUGCCUGCCACCCAGAGGCAGACUUCCUGGACUUUGUGAACGCUCCCAUUGGAAAGGGAAAGCCCGUUACAGGGACAGUGAAACCCCUGAUCGCAGUGCCCACCACGGCUGGAACAGGAAGUGAAACGACAGGAGUCGCCAUUUUUGAUUUUGAAGCUUUGAAAGCAAAAACCGGGAUCGCCAGCAGGGCCAUCAGGCCGAUGCUCGGGAUGGUGGAUCCCCUUCACACCCUGCACAUGCCCCCGAGGGUGGCGGCCAACAGCGGCUUCGACGUGUUGUGCCACGCCCUGGAGUCCUACACGGCGUUGCCCUACAACAUGCGCAGCCCCGGCCCCCCCAACCCCAUCAACCGCCCCGCCUACCAGGGCAGCAACCCGGUCAGCGACGUCUGGUCCCGACACGCCCUGCACAUCGUAGCCAAGUUCAUGAAACGGGCUGUGAGAGACCCUGAGGAUUUGGAGGCCCGGUCCAGCAUGCACUUGGCCAGCGUCUUUGCCGGGAUUGGAUUUGGGAAUGCCGGUGUUCACUUAUGCCAUGGGAUGUCUUACCCCAUUGCGGGAAACGUGAAGACCUUCAGGGCCGAGGGCUACAAUGUGGACCAUCCCAUAGUGCCACACGGCCUAUCGGUUGUGCUGACCUCCCCUGCAGUUUUCACCUUCACUGCCACCAUGUGUCCGGAGCGCCACCUAGAGGCUGCGCAGAUACUGGGGGCAGACGUGAGCAAUGCUAAGAGAGAGGACGCAGGGCUGGUGCUAGCAGACACCCUGCGCCAGUUCCUCUAUGACCUGGAGGUGGACGACGGCCUGGCCGCGGUUGGGUACACUAAAGAGGACAUUCCUGCACUGGUGAAAGGAACUUUGCCUCAGGAGAGGGUGACUAAACUGUCCCCGAGGUCACACACAGAGGAGGACCUGGCACACCUGUUCGAGGCAUCCAUGAGGCUGUACUGAGGAGUCUGCACCUGCAUCGUGAUUGGCUCUGAUUACGUGCCCACUCACCAUCUACCAUUUUUUUAAACACUUUUCUCUAGUAAUCAUGGUGUCUGGGGAUGUGAGGUCACAGGUCAGACGUGAUUGACCGUGUAGUAUGGGAGGAGCUUGGGGCUGCAGUUAUUAAAGCACGGUCAGCAUGCCAGAACCCCAUGUUUGAUUUGAACUUUGGGUCUGUUCUUUCUACACUGGAGUUAAACUGAUCAAAAUAAGUCUAACCCUUAUAAUGUUUUAUCAUUUUAUCAUAUUUACAGGAAUGGAUUGGAAAUGGAAUGCAUGCUGGUAUUUAACCUAAUGAUUAAAUGACUAAUGAUUAAUUAACGAUUUCAUGCAGUAGGCCUGCAGCAGUGUGGAGAAAAGCGAUGCUGGACCUGGGCUGAUAUUUGGAAGGUUGCAGUUUCAAAUCCCACUGCUGUUGUUUCCCUUGAUCAUUGAAUUGUUUCAUUAAAUAUGAAGCUGUAUAAG